AUGGCCCCUCACAACGACAUCGAGGCCUUCCACGAAGUGCUGCGGUCCAGCCGCCGCAUCCUCGCCCUCUGUGGGGCCGGCCUGUCAGCCUCGUCCGGCCUGCCCACGUUCCGGGGCGCCGGCGGCUUCUGGCGAAACUACGAUGCCACCCAGCUGGCGACGGUGCGGGCCUUCAAGAUGGACCCCGGCAUGGUCUGGCUGUUCUACGCCUACCGGAGGCACCUGGCGCUCAAGGCAGAGCCCAACAAUGGGCACAGGGCGCUGGCUGCGCUGGCCAGGCGGAAUACGGACUUUUUGUGUCUGACGCAGAACGUUGACAACCUCUCGCAGCGAGCAGAACACCCCCCAUCACAGCUAAAGUGCCUCCACGGCUCCCUCUUCGACAUCAAGUGCUCCAACGAGAGCUGCGACUGGAUGCAGAAAGGCAACUUCGACGACCCCUUUUGCGCCGCGCUCGCCCCGGCCUCGGUUGACAUGCCCAAUGGUGAGCCGCUGCCGCUGCUGGACCCGUACCACCGCGUCAAGCACAUCACCGAGGACGAGCUGCCCAAGUGCCCGCAGUGCAGCCGCGGCCUGCAGCGGCCGGGCGUGGUGUGGUUCGGAGAGGACCUGGACGCGACCAUGAUGAUGGAUAUUUCGGCAUGGCUACGUGCUGAGCCGCUGGAUCUCAUGUUCGUCAUUGGCACCUCGGCGGGCGUUUACCCUGCUGCUGGCUACAUCGACAAGGCCCGCAAGCUCGGCGCGCGCAUCGUCACCAUCAACCUCGAAGCGGAAGACGAGGCGGAGAUGUUCAAGGUGAAGCCGGGCGACUUUGCCUUUGGCAAGGAUGCCGCCGAAAUCCUCCCAGUUCUAUUAGAGCCCGUUAUCGGCAAACUCAACGAAGAUGGCGAGUUCGAGAUGCCCUGA